ACAGGGAGGCUGCCAGGUGGAGGAUGACUUCUGUCAGGACUGUCCACCCGUAUCCGUCCUCCUCCGUCCUCAGUAAUGACCGGACCGGCUACCUGGGGGCCCGGACUCCCCCGGAGGUGGAGGGCAUGGCGAAACAUCUCAAGGACUUGGACAAGGAUGUCUUUAGGAAGAUUCUGAAGGCUGUGGUGGGUGCUCUUGAGGGCAAAGACAGCUCUGAAUCUGUGAAGGCCAUACAGGAAACGACCUCGGUAUCCGAAGAGCUGCUCAGUUUUGUCAUCUCUGGCUCAUAUACACUCCUACGUGUGGCCUUCAGACUCUCAGCUCUUAAACAGGAGGUUUUUAAAGAAGAUUUGAAGGAGCUCAGAAUUCCAGAUGAUUUUAUAGAGGACUAUGCUAAUAUCGUGUAUGGAAACAGACGACCACUACUUGAAGAAGCUGCUUUGAAACAAAGCAUUAGAUUGCCAACAGUGGAGGAUAUGAGAUGGAGAGUUGAUGUUGCGAUUUCCACCAGCUCUCUUUCCCGGGCGCUGCAGCCGUCCAUUCUAAUGCAGAUGAAGCUUUCUAAUGGAGAGUCCCAUCGUUUUGAUGUUCCCGUUGCUAAAUUCCAAGAGCUGCGGUAUAAUGUUGCUCUGCUGUUGAAGGAAAUGAAUGACCUUGAGAAGAAGAACAUCCUAAAAAUCCAGGACUGACCACAUGUGAAUUAGGCCUCAUGCACACGACUUUGUGUAUUUUGCUGUCCUCAAAAACGGAUCUGUGAAAAAUACGGAUGAUGUCCGUGUGCAUUCCGUAUUUUGCGGAACGUAACAGCUGGCCCCUAA